UAAAAAACCAAACCAUACCGAACCGAAAUAUAUAUGGCUUUUAUAUGGUUUAAAUUUUCGUAAAACCGAUAAACUAUAAAACUGAAGAAAACGAACCGAAACCAAACCAAAAACCGAAGUGCCCACCCUUACGGAAAAGAGCGAAUGACUACAAUAUGAAUUAUGAAUUACAUUUACGUCACCUUUGUCUCUGGACGAUAAUUAUUACCAAAACCUAUUGAUACAAUACUUUAAAAAAAAAAUCCAACACUUGUACGUACGUACGUAUGUAUAUCACCUGUUUCCACAUGUUGACGGGCCAAAUAAUCAGCUUUCAACACUUGGGCCACAACAUGAGAUGGGCAUAUCUGUGUAACAAUUUUUGUUGAACUUUAUUUUUUUUUGGAGGUCUCAAUUUUUAAAAUGAAUGAUUAAUAUUUACGUAAAUGCCUAUUUGGGUCGUCGAGUCACACGACCGGAGACGUGCAACAAGAGAGUUCCAGGGCAGAUAUUGGCUGGCAUCUUCCAAUCGUUAAAACAAAACCCUUCUUUCAUUAUCACGACACUGGGCCCCACCAACCACCAUCUCCAAUUUUUGUAUUCAUCUUCUCAAAAUUAUAUUGCUCUUUGACAUUUUUAAUCCACACAUUUUCUUCUAUGUUUCAGAAGAGGAAAAAAAGCACACGCUUCACGUGCGACCGCACGUGCCAAACCCUUUGGCCUUUCUCCUUUCUUCUUCUUCCUUUCCGCAUCCUUCGGACAAGAGAGCCCCAAGCAAAAGACAGAAGAAGAAAAGAAAGUAAAAAAUAAAAAUGGCGAGUCGGAAGAGAGAAGCACGCCAUACCUGAGAGAUUCGUGCGUCGAGAAAACAUUUUUACUAAUAAUAAUUAUUAUUGUCAAUCGAUGAUACUAAUAAUUAUUUGUUAAUAAAAAUACUAUUAAUUAAGGAAAGAAGAUAGGAAAAAUAAAAGUGGUGGUGGAGGUGUUUGAUGGGUGCUAGUCACAGCGCCAACGUUAAUAAUCAUUCUUCUCAUCCUCAUUCUCAUUCUCGGAAUACUUCUAAUCAUCUGACCAAUAACUCUCGACAGUGUGGCACAAGUGAUCGAUUGUCUGUGAGCAAUUUACGGUCCCAGCUCACAACUAUUUACAGAAAUCAGGAGGACGAAGAAGAAGAGGAGGAGGAGGAAGAAGAAGAAGGAGGAGGAGGAGGAGGAGGAAAAGAGAAAGCAGCAGAAGAAGAAGCGAGGAGAUUCUCCCUUGUUAGAGAUUUUGAUCUCUCUGGUUUGAAGCGCAUUAGGGUUCCAAGAAGGAAUUAUAUUCAAAUGGAUCCUCAUAAAAAGGUUGCAUUGGAGACUGAGUUCUUUACAGAAUACGGUGAAGCCAGCCGAUACCAAAUCCAAGAAGUUAUAGGGAAAGGAAGUUACGGGGUUGUGGCUUCUGCAAUCGACACGCAUACGGGAGAAAAGGUCGCCAUAAAGAAAAUCAACGAUGUCUUUGAGCACGUCUCUGAUGCAACUCGGAUUCUGAGAGAGAUCAAGCUCCUCAGGUUGCUCCGGCAUCCUGAUAUAGUGGAGAUCAAGCACGUGAUGCUUCCUCCUUCACGCCGUGAGUUCAGAGAUAUCUAUGUUGUUUUCGAGCUGAUGGAAUCAGAUCUUCACCAAGUUAUCAAGGCGAACGAUGAUCUUACACCUGAGCAUUACCAGUUUUUCCUUUACCAGCUUCUUCGUGGCCUGAAGUUUAUUCACACAGGCAAGUGCAUUUGCUUGUGUUACCUUAAGUCUCUUGCCAAUGUGUUUCACCGUGAUUUGAAGCCCAAAAACAUUCUAGCCAACUCUGAUUGCAAGCUGAAGAUUUGCGACUUUGGUCUUGCUCGUGUCUCGUUUAAUGAUGCACCUUCGGCUAUAUUCUGGACUGACUAUGUCGCUACAAGAUGGUACCGUGCUCCAGAACUUUGUGGUUCUUUCUUCUCCAAAUAUACUCCUGCCAUAGAUAUAUGGAGCAUAGGAUGCAUAUUUGCAGAAAUGCUCACCGGGAAGCCAUUGUUUCCUGGGAAGAACGUGGUGCACCAAUUAGAUAUCAUGACUGAUUUGCUUGGUACUCCUCCACCCGAAGCUAUUUCAAGGAUUCGUAAUGAAAAGGCGAGGAGAUAUCUCGGAAACAUGAGGAGAAAACCGGCAGUUCCAUUCACUCAAAAAUUUCCUCAUGUAGACCCGUUGGCCCUUCGCUUGCUGCACCGUCUUCUUGCAUUUGACCCCAAAGACCGUCCCACUGCUGAAGAGGCACUGGCAGAUCCUUACUUCCAUGGUCUGGCAAACGUGGAUCGGGAACCAUCUACUCAUCCGAUUCCAAAACUUGAGUUUGAGUUUGAGAGAAGGAAGAUAAUGAAAGAAGAUGUGAGAGAGUUGAUCUACAGAGAGAUAUUAGAGUAUCAUCCUCAGAUGCUGCAAGAGUAUCUUAGAGGUGGAGAACAGACUAGCUUCAUGUACCCAAGUGGUGUUGAUCGGUUUAAGAGACAAUUUGCACAUCUUGAGGAACAUUACGGUAAGGGUGAGAGAAGCGCUCCUCUUCAACAACGACACGCUUCCUUGCCUAGAGAGAGAGUCCCUGCUCCUAAGGAAGAGAAUGGAUCACACAACCACGAUGCCGAGAACAGACCUGCAGCUUCUUUAGCCACGACACUCGAAAGUCAACACGAGGGCUCAGAUCACGUUAAUGGAACGAGCCAGACGGGAUACAGUGCCCGAAGCUUGCUGAAGAGUGCCAGCAUCAGUGCAUCUAAAUGCAUCGGCGUGAAACAAAGAAACAAGUCCGAGCACGGCGAAUCGAACAAUGAUAAAGUUGAUGGUUUGUCUCAAAAGGUCGAGGCUCUCCACAUUUGAUUCGGGAUGUUGGGGACGUGAAACUAACAAUAGACGGCUGCUUCUACACGUCAUAUAUACACAUCUCUCACAGAGAAGAAGAAGAAGAAGAAGAAGAAGAAGAAGAAGAAGAAGAAGAAGAAGAAGAAGAAGAGAUGGUAGGUGUCUCUGGAUACUUGAGGCUUGAGAGUUGAGACUAAUCUUGAUAGAUACUGAGAAACACGAGUUAUGAACAAACAACCUUAAACCUUCAAUUUGUAUUAAAUGAAUGGAAUUAUGGUUCUUCCUUCUCCAAGAAAAAUUCCGGAAAUGCCUCAGAAGUUUGGCUUUAUUACAUGUUAACCCCUUAAUUUCCGUUAGACAAGUAUUUGACCUUAUCAUCAGGUGUGAAAAAUAAAAAAAGUUGAACUCUGUGUUGAAUACAUUUUCUUGACCCAUAGACGCCAUAUAUUUGUAUGAUGAUCAGUUCAUCCUCCAAUGAUAUAUAAUCAUUUUCAUUGACUGUUCA